AUCKGAUAUCACAACUCCUCACGCUUCUGCAACCGAACAACUUGUGACACAAUGAAACCCAGAUCGAAAAGGAAUCGGAAGCGACCGCGGUCUGAGGUUAAUAGAUUGRAGCAAGAUCCAGUAUACGAAACAAGUGUGCGAAAGCUUGAACUGGACGGGAAACCUAUUUCGGCGCCUCAGAAAUGGCUGAGAGUGAUCAAAGUAAGUUGCCCAGCUUGGCUCUACACUAAUUUUGGGGAGGCGUAGUUUAACCAACAUUGUACCCUCGCAUCUGACUGGAUUCUACGCAAUUCAAUUAAAAGCCAUACCCGUAUACAUAUUCUACCUUCGCGAAAGGUCGAUGGGAAGGAAGAACAAUCCUUGAUGUAUACUCCACCGAGUUUGGAUCUUAUCCGAAAUCUUACUACGAGAGAGCUAUUGACCAAGGGCGAAUACUCGUUUCGGACAAGAAGGUUUCAGCAACUUACCUCAUCAAAGGGGGUGACGUAUUGUGUCACACAGUCCACCGACACGAGCCGGGAGUGGCUGUGCAUUCUAAUGUUGACCCUCAUGUCACUAUAAUUAACGGUAAGCUACAUUCACCGAAACUUUGUGUCGUUAGAAUACUCUACAUUGCGUGAAAGAGAAUGAAUUGUUUUCUCCCUUUAGGCAGUAUAAGUCUCACAAAUAUUUCGUACUCGACACUAGAAACCUCUGAGCUCGUAAUUGUUGAAAAACCAGGAACCAUGCCAAGUAAGUAUAAAUUGAAGCCAAAUCGAACUUAACCCGGGGUUACACCUCAUCGUCACAAUCUCUACUGCUGUAGAAUCAUUAUCUUCGUCCAUAUUAAAGAUGCCGAUGGAUCACUGUCAAUAAACUCUAACAUAGCAGAUUUCUCUCAUUUUUAGUCCAUCCAUGUGGAGGCUACAAUAUGCAAUCUCUCAUGAAUAUUUUAGAAAAAUAUUACAAAUCUAAAUAUAAGGAUGGUAUAAGUGACGUAAAAAAGCUAUACACAAUUCAUCGAUUGGACAGAUUAACAUCGGGAUUGGUCAUUCUUGGUAAGACAUCUUCUGUGGCUCAAUCCUACUCAAAAUGUAUCAUGAAUAGAUCAUGUCAAAAGGUCUAUCUUGCGCGAGUGGCAGGCAAAUUCCCGUUGAAAUACCCGUGGAAGAAACUGAGUUCGAAAAAGCCUUUGCACGGAGAAAUAUCUCUUGAUGGGGAGUGGAAACUAGAAAGAAGUGAUUACAGAGACRAAGGUGWCAUUCGGGAACAACAAAACCCUUCUUCAARUGGGAAAGACUCUUCGAACGAUGCUUCCCGUCUCCGGAAAUUGCACGCUCUUGCUUGUUGGAUCGAGGAUGGAAAUCAGGCUUCUAUAUUCGAGAAUGAUUGCGAUAGUCAAAAGAAUAUGUUAGACCAGGUCUUUCGAUGUCGUCACAGGUAGGUUUUGUUGCUUCGUGUUGUCUUUCGCCAGCGUUAAUCACAAGGAAAUUGUUUUUCUCUCUCUUACUCAUCAACGUUUGGUACACUUAGUGUGGAUGAAUGGCUCCAAUCAAUUGAUUCUAAAAUCGAAGAAGRGAAGCAAAGAGAGAAAAAAAUAUGGUUUCAUUUGGCCUGUCCCACUCGAAUAGCGAAACACAAAGAUGGCGUUUGYGAAGCAGGUUCUUUCGACCACCUAGAUGAUGAUCUAUACAAAAAGACAGUGAAACCUGCUCAUUCUUCGUUCGGGGUCGUGUCCUACGAUGAAAUGACAGAUUCUACGCUUUUGGUAAGAACAAUUCGGCAGUGCAAUGAGUGAAGUUACACAUAGUUGUCGCCCCUAACGAUUUCUUCUUCUCGAUAUGUUUAAGGUAUGCCGACCUUAUACUGGGCGCACCCACCAACUACGACUCCAUUUACAGUAUUUACAGCAUUCGAUCGCAAAUGAUCCUAAUUAUGGCGGAGACAUGUGGUAUGCCAAUCCCGACGGUAAACAGGCCUGCAAAAUAGCUCAAGAUAGAUUGAGUAUUAUCAAAAGUGCGGGAGACGCUGAAGCGCAAUCCUUGACUGGAAUUUCUAUCAAUGGAAAGAAAAURUGCGUAACUGUUGAUAAGCCUCCAGAGCAUGGAACAAGAACAUCUGCGAUCGAUGUACCUGCAACGGAAAGUGAGGUGCAAGAUGAAAUUGCUAGAGCUGUACGACAAAAUGAUGAGUCGAUCCACAGCUUCAUCGAACGGACUUGCGUUUGGUGUGCCCGAUCUCGUUCUGUACCUAGUGAAGAUAGAUCUGUACUAGAGUUUCUGAUUAGGAGUCCAGGUAUUUGGCUUCAUGCACUACAGUAUACUUUCACGACUAACAAUGAUUCGAACGACGAUGACGAGGGAAAACGAAAAGUUGUACAAUCGUUUCGAACACAGUUGCCGGAUUGGCACGACAUUAGCGUAAACUGAAAAAAUGAAAUCUAUUUUUAUUGGAUCCCGCACAUCUUUCAUUGGAAAAGACUGUCCGGUUUCAUCUGCUUCUAUUUUAUUUACAAACUCACCUAGUUGAAUUCUUAUCCAGAAAAAAUUUUAAAGGYAAUUUUGCUGAGAUACUUGUUGGAAUCCAUUAARCUACGGUUGAACUCCCAAUUUUUAAAAAACGUAAAUCUUACAU